AUGGCAACCAAACCAUCUUCUGGCCUCAGACUGAAACUGGAGGAGCGGCUCACCUGUCCUGUGUGUCUUGACUACUUUACCAACCCUAAGAUCCUACCCUGCCAUCACUCAUUCUGUCAGCACUGUCUGGAGGGAUUACCAUUGGAUAAGAUGAACGAGACCUAUUACCUCUCUUGUCCCACUUGUCGUCAUUGUACUGAAUUACCAGAGGAAGGAGUAGGAGACUUUCCUGUAGCAUUCCACCUCAAUGACCUCAAAGAGAUUCACAGGAUCCAGAAGAUAAGUAUGGAUGGAUACCGUAUAGCAUCAGUUGGUCAGAAGGGCAGUGGACCGCUACAAUUCAAGUAUCCUCGUGGUAUAGCCAUUUCUCCUAUAUUAGGACAUUUUUAUAUUGCUGAUGAGGAUAAUCAUCGUAUACAGGUCUUGAAUCCUGAUUUAACCUUCUCUCAUUCAUUUGGCAGUAGAGGAUCAGCUAAUGGGCAGUUUCAGCAUCCACGUGACAUUGCUAUUGACAAUCAAGGACUAAUUUAUAUGGAAAGUUUGUGGGUCACUUUUGGCACAGAAGGAUCUGGUCCUGGACAGCUUAAUACUCCAGUUGGUAUAGCAAUAGAUACUGCAGCUACUAGUCUAGUGUAUGUUAGUGAAUUGGGCAAUAAUCGUAUAUCAGUCUUUACUAGUGAUGGCGUGUUUGUUAGUAGUUUUGGAAGGUGGGGUAGUAAUAAUUAUAAGUUUUAUAGUCCUUAUGGAUUAACAUUUGAUGAAGAUGAAUUCUUGUAUGUUUGUGAUCAUGACAAUGGGCAACUUGUUGUUUAUUAA